CAAUCAGCGGAGAGUACCGCUCAUGUCAUUUCAGCGCACUGAACACACAGGCUCUUUAACUGACUGCAGACUGCGUGUUUACUCAUCGCAGCUGGGAUUCAAACUCGCUUUCUGCAUCUCCGCUAUGCUGACAAAUUGGUUCGCGCUAUUUGGAUACUGAACAGCUCCACGUCCUCUACAAAGACCGCUGGUUUACUUUCUGUCAUCUGGACUCGAGCAAAUGACACAAUCUGUGAAUAUUUUCUAACAGCAACGGAAAUAAAUCAGCUCAUUUCGUCCCCUGGCCCCAUCUGAUGAGUCUUGAGACUACAUCAGGGAUCUGGCCCAUUACUCGGGCACCGGACAUGGACUCGAGAGGAGCCAAAGUGGCAGUGGGAUUUCAGAGGAGCUCAACCUCUGAUGAUGACUCUGGAUGUGCUCUGGAGGAGUACACAUGGGUUCCUCCUGGACUACGACCUGAGCAGGUUCAGAUCUACUUUUCGUGCCUGCCAGAGGAGAAGGUACCAUAUGUCAACAGCCCAGGAGAGAAACACAGGAUCAGACAACUACUCUAUCAGCUGCCACCACAUGACAAUGAGAUCCGAUACUGCCAGUCCCUCAGUGAUGAGGAGAGACGAGAACUCCACAUGUUCAGCAUUCAGAGGAAGAAAGAGGCACUUGGGAGGGGAACACCAAAACUGCUUCCCAGAGCCCUGCAGCACGUUUGCGAGCAUUGUAAAGAGAACAUAAAGGGUGGAGAGAUGGCAGUAUUUGCUUCACGAGCAGGCCCCGGACCUUGCUGGCACCCAGCAUGCUUUACUUGCUCCACCUGUCAAGAACUUCUGGUAGAUCUCAUCUAUUUCUACCACAAUGGCAAAAUCUACUGCGGUAGACAUCAUGCAGAGCUUCUGAAACCACGGUGUUCAGCUUGUGAUGAGAUAAUCUUUGCUGACGAGUGCACUGAAGCGGAAGGUCGUCACUGGCAUAUGAAACACUUCUCUUGCUUUGAGUGCGAGACUAUUCUAGGAGGACAGAGGUACAUCAUGAAGGAUGGCCGUCCCUUCUGCUGUGGAUGCUUCGAGUCACUAUAUGCAGAGUACUGUGAGGCCUGUGGGGAAAAUAUUGGAGUCGACCAUGCUCAAAUGACGUAUGAGGGUGUACACUGGCAUGCUACUGAUAAAUGCUUCUGUUGUGCCAAAUGCAAAACAUCUCUACUGGGCUGCCCCUUCCUUCCAAAAGAGGGCCGGAUCUACUGCUCUAAGGACUGCAGCCUAGGCGAGGACGUCCAUGCUUCCGACUCUUCAGAUUCAGCUUUUCAGUCCGCCAGAUCACGGGAAUCUCGACGCAGCAUACGAAUGGGCAAGAGUAGUCGCCCUACAGAGCAGUGCCAGCAGACAAAACUCUUCUCAGCAACAGAUUACAGGACCUCCAGUGUCUGUGGUGACAACACAGAGACUAUGUGUCAUCAGCUGGAGAGAAUCAACUUUGCAGAGGACAACUACUGGAGAGACCGUGAUGAGCAGGAAGGCCCUGAGGACUGUGUGGAAGAUUGGGCUGAGCAUGAAGACUACAUGACUCAGCUGCUACUGAAAUUUGGAGACCGUGGUGUCAUUCACACGGAGGACACCAGGCCGGCCGAGCCAUGGAUGAUGAAAGACUCUGAGACCAACAGGACCAAACCAGAAAUGAAGGUCAGUAGCCACAAUUUGGCAAGUAAGAAGCACCACGCAGAAAUGUAUUGGGCCCAGUCUCAGGAUGGACUUGGAGACUCCGCCUAUGGUAGUCACCCUGGUCCAGCUAGUGCUAGAAAGAUUCAAGAGCUGGAGAUGGAUCAGGGAGCAGUACCUGGAUUCUGGUCUGAGCCCAGGCAAUGGUAUGAAGACUCACUGGAGUGCAUUACAAGUGAAUUCCAGAAGGCAGAGCUCAACAUUGGAGAUUCUAUGGAUUCUCUAGCUCUCUCAAAUAUUACAGGAGCUUCGGUGGAUGGAGACAGCAAAGACAGACAGACCAUCUACUCCCUCCAAAACAUGAAAGACCAAGAGAGAGAGAUGGAUGAGUGUGAUAACAUUAGUAACAUGGGCACACUAAACUCCUCAAUGCUCCACAGAAGUGCUAAUUCCCUGAGGAGUUUAACCUCUGAGCUGGACCGUGAGGAGACACUGAGGCAAGGAGAGAGAGAAGACGAGGAAGAGGAGGACAGAAUUCCACCUUAUUUUGGAGAGGAACCACCCUCUCCACUGCAUCUUCCAGUGCUGAGAAGGACCAAGUCUCAGUCUCAGCCCCAAUCCAGACCUCAGCAAGUGAAGUUCUCUGACGAUGUUAUGGAUAAAGGAUAUUACGGCAGACUAGGCUUGAGGCAACCACCGAUGAGUGAGAGGACUCGCAGACGGACCUAUCACAUGGAGGAGCAGCCACAGAGGCGUCCUGCUAACAGACAUCACAAACGCAGACAGGGCCAGAAAACACGUUCAGAAAAUGCCUUGCACCUGCCUUCCAAAAAUCGGGGUAAAUUGCAUGUUGUGCCUCAGAUAAUCAGCUCAAGCAUACCAGAGCCCAGGAACGGUAUUCUUUUAAAUCACUCGGCACACAGUCAGCACUCUUAUCAUCAAGCCCCAUCAGACUUUGCUCAGCAGAGCAUGGUCCGAAUGGACCACUUCCAAAACUUUUGUGACGAUGAUGACGAUGACGAUGACUGGUGUUCAACAUGCUCCUCUUCAUCUUCAGAGUCUGAGGAGGAGGGAUUCUUUCUUGGUCAGCCAAUUCCCAAACCCCGAUCUCAAAGUUUUCAUUAUUACACAGAUGACUAUCCGACUCGCGUCACUGCUUUAACACCUCCUUUCGGUUCACGGACCAAACUGAAAAAGAAAGGUCAUAAGGGCAAGAACUGCAUAAUUUCUUAGACUUUAGACUGAAAACCUGCAUCUGCUGCAGCUGGAACAUACACACACGUGAUUCUAAAGAAGCUGGAAAACAAAACUUUUUUUUUUCUCGAGAUUUAAGUUCUCUUUACAAGUACGGAGUGUCAGUUGUGUUGCUGUUGGUAUGAACAAUGAAAGUAACGUAAUAUUUCCUUGUACAUUGUAUAGCAAAACCAUUAUUCCCAAAAAAGCAACAUUUCUUGAGUAGCAUGUAGACUAACUAAAUAAUUAUUUAAUAGUGCAAGCAAUGUAUAUUUGUUAAAUUAAGAUUGGAAUACUGAUAUUUUUAUAUCCAAAUAUGUUAAAUGAUUAAUUACUACGAUUCCUGGCCUCGGAUGGAGUUAUAAUUAUUGAUCAACAAAAUUGACGUUUGCCAUUUUAUUGACCAGGGGUUUGCAAAUGCAAAAUAUAUAUGCACUAUUCAUAUGCUUAAUGGCCUUGUUAUGUUACUCUGCAGGUGUAAUAACUGCACCCUUAAACAUGUUUCUGUCUGCAAUAUGCUUAUGCGCUUAAACAGUGUUGGGGGAAUCUUCUCUCUAUUAUGUACAUUUCACCACAGGUAACAUACUAUCCCUUUUUAACAUUAAGAUGUCAAUAAAAUAAUUCAAGAGCGAUUUAAUACAUUC